CUUAUGAGCGAAAUCCGUUGUGAUCUUCUCAGUUGCACGACAGAGCAAAAAAAAUCUUUAAUAAAAUAUUUUAAACUGAAAAACUCAAACUACAUACUGGUGUAUGAUAUCGUGAAAGCAAGUUACAGUCGGAAAAUCGGGGUUUUGUUCAACACGAAAAGGUUCGAAAAUGGCGUGUAGGCUUGCUUUGAGAACCGUUUGCUUGACCGAGCCAUGGCUGCCUAUGUCUUCUAUUAACAAACAACCAUCCAUUUUUCCACCAAUUGUAUUAACCCGCCGGAAAAUCGCUUCACCAAAUUCAAAUUGCGGUUGUAAAACUGCAAUAGUGGCAAAACGCUGCAAUUUCUCAAGGAACUGCUCAAAUGACGUGAACUCGUCUUUACCUGGUGCUGAUUCGGAGCAAGGCCCUCCUCAAGAAGCCGUUUUGAAGGCUAUAUCAGAAGUUUCCAAGGCUGAAGGAAGAGUGGGACAAACUACUAAUGUAGUUAUGGGAGGUACCGUUACGGAUGAUUCAACGAAUGAGUGGCUUGCUCUAGAUCAGAAGGUGAACUCAUAUCCAACAGCUAGAGGAUUUACUGCAAUUGGAACUGGGGGGGAUGACUUUGUUCACGCUAUGGUUGUUGCCGUUGAAUCAGUUCUUCAACACCCUAUUCCACAAGGUCAAGUGAAACAGAAGAUAUCCUCGGGUGGCAAAUAUGUCUCUGUGAACAUUGGACCUGUGCAAGUUGUUUCCAGUGAGCAGGUCCAAGCGGUCUAUAAUGCUAUGAGAAGGGACGACAGGAUGAAAUACUUUUUGUAAAUUAUUUUAUAGUUGGAUCAUAGAAUGCUCAUAAUCUGAAAUGGCAUGCUUCCAUUAUUAUUACUAUAUUUAAUUACCUUAUUGAACUGUGACUAACUUUGAUGUUAAUUCUCAGCUAGCAUGUAGAUGUAGCUAAUAAUUAUUAUCUCAGUGCUUGCAUGCAUUAAUGUUUAACAUGUACUUAAGAACUUGUCAUGGUAACCUUUCAUAGCCUUUGAGAUGGAGCCCCCUUGUGAUGGUAACCUUUGAUAGCCUUAGAUGGAGACUCCGCUAUCAGUCCCUAAAUAAAAAUUCCAAG